UACAUCAGUGACGUCACGUACGUAAAGCACGCAUAACACGCUUCCUCGUGAGUCGUGAUUACUGAGUACCUAGUGCUGAGUACUGCCUAGCCACUCACAUAGCUUCUGACCUGAUCACGGAAAGCUGACCGGUAAAAUAUGGCGAAAAGUCUACGCAGCAAGUGGAAGCGAAAGCAGCGUGCGGAGAAACGAAAGAAGAACGCCCCAAAGGAAUUGGUCAAACUUAAGAAGAUAGUCAAGGGACACAAGGAACUCAUCGAAAAUGAGGAACUAGUUAAAAUCGUUACUGAAGUUCUUCCCAAGCGAGAAAAGAAAGUAGAAGAUGAACAGAAAACUGCCUCGAUGGACGUCGACAAGAAAUACGACCCGAAGACAAUGAAGGACAAGCAUGGGCAGUAUCCGGUGUGGAUGAACCAGAGAGCAAUCAAGAAACACAAGGUGCGAGUCGGCAAGGCCAAGAAACUGAAGAACAAGAGAGCGACGGCCUGGUAGCCAUGGAAACGGAGCGGCGACCGUGGAAGAAGGUAGAGGGAGAGAGAGCAAGGAGAAGGGAUUGUACUUGUUUGUUUCCUGUAACAAGAUUCCGUGGGUGAUGACAGUGAACUAGUCGUCGUUUUCGCACCCGUUCAGCGUGGGCAUAGUGUUGCAGGGGGUCGAGUGUGUCAUCCUUCAAAUUCUACCGUGCAGAUUGGAAGUCAUGUUGCAAGAUUGGAAGUCAUCUGUGUGGAGUUGAGAAAUUUGCCUGGGUGGUUCUUGUACAGGGAGGAGAAUUAUGCUGCGAAGGAAAUCGAAUUUGGUAUGCACAUGAGGUGUGACAAGCGGAUUUACCCAGUUUAGAUGUUUCCUAGCACAAAGGCUUCUGAAUUUUGUGGUGAUCUGCAGUUAUGAGAUGGUGCAUUUAUUCAAGUCGAAAAUGAACUGUAAAUAAUUUCUAAAUGAAACAACUGACACUUGUUUAUUUACCUUA